ACACACACACUCUCUCUCUCACUCUCUCUCACUUUCUCUAAACACACACACACACACACACACACUAACACACACACACACACACACACAUUGAGAUAUCGUGUACGUGUUUGCGUGUGUGCGUGCGUUUGGUAAGUAAUUGAUUUCUCUCUCUCUCUCUCUCUCUCUCUCUCUCUCUCUCUCUCUCUCUCUCUCUCUCAGUUAAUGAAGCUUUGCAAAGGAAUAUUUUACCUUAAAUACCUCCUCCUCCUCCUCCUCCUCCUCCUCCUCCCCCUCUUCCUCCUCUUCUUCCUUCCUCCCUCCAUUUCUUCCUUCCCUCCCUCUCUCUCUCACUCUCGCAGUCUUUCCUCCUCUUCUUCCUCCUCCUCCUCCUCCUCCUCUUCCUCAUGCUAGCCUGCAAGACGACCCCCGCCCCCCCUCGCCCCCCUCGCCCCCCCAGGAAGGAAUGCCCCCCAAAUAUACUCGACGUCCAUCAAGCCAUCAUCAACAAGGACCUUCCAACCCUCCAGCGCCUUACAACCAGCCGUCCACAACCGAACACAAAAUGCCCCCCCAGCCCUCCCUGUGGGUUGGACCUGGGUGCGCCUGUGCGGGGGGCCACGGCACUGUCCCUGGCGGUGUACCAGGGGCAGCUGGGGGCCGUCAAGCUGCUCAUAAAGGCAGGGGCGCCCAUUGAUAAGAGAAGUCGAGACCAUUUGGACAGGAUUGAGACGCCCAUCAUAAGUGCCAUCAGGCUGGGCCACAGGGACAUCUUCGAGGAGCUCCUGCGGGCGGGGGCGUCGCUGCACACCCCUGACUUCUACAACACCCGCCCCCUGUGGCACGCCGUCAAGGAGCAACGGCCAGCCUUCGUCAGGACCCUGCUGCACCACGGGGCACCCCUGGCCAACCCUGGGGGGGGCGGCGAUAACCCUCUCACUGUGGCCAUGGAGUACUUGGGAUACAAGGGGCGGCGUGACACAGCCCUCGAGUUAGUGGCCGCGGGAAUUCCCCUGAGUGACCGUGACCUCGGGGGGCGGUCACCUCUACACUGGGCGCUCCACCACCGUGACCUGACCUUCGUGACCUUUCUGGUGGAGGCGGGGGUCAGUCUGCGCCCCCCGGAGAAGACUGGAGGAGGAGAAGGAGGAGGAGGAGGGGACCCACAGCUCCUAUCGACCAAUCAGAAUUCUCCUUUCGAAUGGAUUGAGGAAAAGGGAGAUUCUGAUUGGCUGAGAGAUCGGUUGGCCACGCCCCCUUCCCUCCUCAGCCAAUCACGUGCCAGGAUUCGCGAUAUCUUGGUUAAUAGGCAAAAUAGGGAUCUACGCCCCCUCCUCCUCCUCCUCCCCCUCCCCCCCUCUCUCCUCUCCUACCUCGCCUUGGAGAGAGAAUUGGAGAGAGCGAGAAGUUUUCCUCCAAGUGAGAUGUGAGAGAGAGA